UGAAUACAGACAUGAUCUGAAAAUGAUGGGAACUAUGUGGCUCAAUUAAAUUUAUUUUGGAAUAAAUACUGAUUUCAUAAUGCAUAUGCUAUUGAACGAUAACAAUGUUUUUCAAAAUAUUUAAUAAUGUAUUUUUAUUGAGGCAACACUGGUUUAUAACAUUAUAUCAGUUUCAUGUAUGCAAUAUUAUAUUUAUACUUCCGUGUACAGUACAGUAUAUACAGAGGCUUUUAAGGAUGGGAAUUUUUAAAGAAUGUUUUAAAUAACCAACAAUUUCCAAAUGGCAAGAUAGAACUAAGGGCAGUUUAGUUUUGAGGAAAAAGACAUACAUGUGUAGGAUUUCUAAAAGGUAGGAAGAAAUUGAGUCUGUGAUAUUCCUUUGCUUUUAUUUAGUGACACUCUAGGAAGCAACUAUUGGAGUCAACAUCCUAUCUGGGAAUGAAAGCAAGAAAUAGUAGAUGAUUUGAGGGAAACUGACUAGGGUCACCAAGACUUUAUAGAAAUAAUGAGUUGAGGUGCAUAUAUGAAAACUAAAUAAAAAUUUACAUUCUCCAUGGGAAAAAAACAUGACCAGAAAUAAUUCUUCCAAACUAUGACAUCUGACGAUUGUAAUUUAGAGGGGCACCCAUUUUUCUCUACAUGAUAGCCACAUGAAUAUUUGCUCCAUCAUAAGAGUUUGGGUGAAACCAAAAAAUUCAGAAACUGUGUUUUUUUCCUACCAAAUUUCCUGAUAUUCACAUUUUACCAAUUCAACAUCUCUAUGUUCCAUUGCAGAGCCAUCUAAAUGCAUCAUGUCUAUUACCAACACGUCACACAUUGAAAUCACCACCUUCUUAUUGGUUGGGAUGCCAGGGCUGGAACAUGCACACAUCUGGAUCUCUAUUCCCAUCUGCAGCAUGUAUCUGGUGGCUCUUCUGGGGAACUGCACCGUCCUUUAUGUCAUCAGGACAGAACCCUCCUUGCAUGAGCCCAUGUACUAUUUCCUUUGCAUGUUGGCUCUGUCAGACAUGGGCUUGUCCUUUGCCGCUCUUCCCACCAUGGUGAGGGUCUUCUUGUUCAAUGCUCCUGAAAUCUCUGCCAACGCCUGCUUUGCCCAGGAGUUCUUCAUCCAUGGAUUCACAGCCCUGGAAUCCUCAGUGCUCCUCAUCAUGUCAUUUGACCGCUUCCUGGCCAUCCACACCCCUCUGAGGUAUAGCUCCAUCCUGACAACCGUCAGAGUUGCCCAAAUAGGAAUGGUGUGCCUUUCCAAGAGCUUCCUCCUGGUUUUCCCCUUCCCCCUCACUUUGAGGAGCUUGAACUACUGUAAGAAAAGCCAAUUAUCCCAUUCCUACUGUCUCCACCAGGAUGUCAUGAAGCUGGCCUGCUCUGACAACCGAAUUGAUGUCAUCUAUGGGUUUUGUGGGGCACUCUGUGUUAUGGUAGAUUUUAUGCUGAUUGUUUUGUCUUACAUCCUAAUCCUCAAGACUGUGCUGGGAAUUGCAUCCCGAAAGGAGCAGCUCAAAGCCCUCAAUACGUGUGUUUCACACAUCUGUGCAGUGACCAUCUUCUAUCUGCCCAUCAUCAACCUUUCCAUUGUCAAUCGCUUUGUCCAGCAUGUCUCUCCCCUCUUCAAUGUUCUUAUGGCAGAUGUUCUUUUACUUGUGCCUCCGCUGAUGAAUCCCAUUGUGUACUGUGUGAAAACCAGGCAGAUCAGAGUAAGAGUUGUAGCCAAAUUGUGUCAGAAGCAAAUAUAGCAGUCAUAUAGAGCGGAAAACAUAUGGUGGGGAUGUCUUAGGUAAGAGAUUAAAUGUGAGUUUGAGAAAACCUAGCAUUUGGCACACAUAAUCAUCAAUACAUUUUUCCUGUUGUCCUCAUCAGAUGUAUUUCAUUCACAAGUGAUACUGACAGAAAGUCAAUAUCUUCAGGUCCCUCUCUUGAGCAAAUUCAGUGAACAAGAUGAAAACAGAUGUCUUACGAUGCCAUCUAUGAUAACAGCAAACGUGCCUAGUUCAGAAAACAUUAAGUUUCUAAACAUCUGCUCUUGCUGCUUUCUAACUGAGUCUUCAUGCAAAACAAGAAUCAUAUUUGGGGAGGGGGAUGGAUUGGGAGCUUGGGGUUAACGGAUGCAAACUAUUGCUUUUGGAAUGGAUUAACCAUGAGAUCCUGCUGUGUAGCACUGAGAACCAUGU